AAAUUGCUGAGACAAAACACUCAGAAUUCAUAAAAACAUACUUGUUUUUCAGAUUAGAGCUAUGUGUGAAAGUAAACUAUGAUGGGAGAAUAUACCCAAUUUUGCUUUUUGAUGAUAAAUAGGUAAAAAACAAGAAGGGAUUUUUAGUUUUAUUAAAGCAACACAUUUAGUUAAAAUAUGAGCAAAACUAGGAGAGACUUCCUUGUAAAAUAACUGUCUUUGUAAGUGCAUUUCAUGUUAAAAUGGGUAAUUCUCACUUCAGUUCCCUAGUCCUCAAGAGAAUUUGUCAGCAAUAGACAGAACAUGUUGAUAUGUUUGAGGAAAAAAAGGCAGAAAAACAUAUUCAGAUCUUCUCUGUAAAGGCACACUGUGUGCACACACGUGGGAGGGGAAGCACAAAUUAUGUUAGCACUUUUUCAUUUCAACUUUAGAGGAGAAAGGAAUUGUCUGUGACAUGGUUGCACUGAAAUAUGUCUUCCUGCUUGUCUUGGCGAAACAACCUUAAAAUUCUAGAUAGUGAAAAAUGCCUGAUAAAGAGAUAAAAAAUGUAUUUUAACAUUUUGUAGCCAUCAACUUCUAGAUGUGAUUGCAUAGCUUUGUUAUAGAUUAACUUACUGAAAUCAUGCCACUUCUUUACAGUUAAUGUAGUUAUACACAAAAUAUUUCUUUCCUUUUAAGUUCAAAAUCUCUGAAGAUGCAGAAGAUGCAUCUGAAGAUGUAUGAAAUCCAACAACUACCUGGGCAUGAGAUGCACGCAGCUGAGCAAUCCAUUGCUCCCCAGUCUGCCAGACAUCAGUUUCAGGACAGAGGUCAUGACAAUUUGGAUCAAGUUUGGUAUACCUGGCAUCCAAGAAGAAGUGUAAAAGAAUCCCAAAUCAGGUAUCUAGCAAGCAAGUUCUUCCAUAUGUGGGCAAAAAAGACAUUUGGACAAGUUCUUCCUUCCAAAGCCAGAUGCUUUUAUGACCAGAAGAUUCUUCAAAGAACUUUUGGAGAGUGGAAGGAGUGGUGGACUGUUUGCAGAGAAGGAAAGCUCAGCCUCGGAGCAGACAACCAUUACAGGCAUUUACUCUGCAAUUUGGUGUUCAGGGCCUGGAGAGCCCAUGUAAGCCAGCAACAAGGAAAGAGGAACAAAUACAAUGUUGCAGAGUCUGGUGCAAAGAAGCAAAACUUGCUCAGGACCUGGCAGUGCUGGCUGGUUUAUGUUGAUGUCCAAAGGACAAAACGUGGGAUGCAGUCUGUGGCACUGGCAUUCAGGGAAAGAAGCUGUUUGCGCAUAUCAUGGGCAGUGUGGAGAAGACGCUACCAGAGCUGCACAGGACAUAAAAUGAAUGUUUUGGCUCUGCAGCAUUGGGCCCAGAGCCUGCAAUUUCGAGCUUGGUUGCAGUGGCGAGAGCUGUAUUUAUACAACCAGAAUAAGAAGCAGAAGGAGACUAGGGCAGUAACUCACAAUCGACACUGGGAGUUGAAGAGGUGCAUGGAAGCGUGGCUGGGAUACAUAAACCUUCACAAAGCAAUGAAACUUCAGACUGAGCUGGCCCAAGAGCAUCACCGAAGCAGGAUAGUCCGGUGGUGUUUCUCCAGUUGGCGGCUGUCAUGGGAGUGCAGAAGAAGAAUGCAUGCUCGCCAAAAGGACAUAGAAAAGCUAGCAGCAAGGAUUGCCUUAUGGAGAGUCUUUGCACGCUGGAAGCAUUAUGUUGUACUGUGUGUGGAAGAGACGUGGCGGCGUGAGCUGGCUGAAAAACACUACAGGCAUCAUCUGUUGACACUCGGGUUUAAGGGUCUCUGGCAGAAUGUCAUGAACACUCAUCUUCAGCAGAUGAGAAAAAAUCUGUCACACCGUCAGCACCAGGUUACAGUGUUGCGGAAGUUCUGGAACCGUUGGAAGUCCCGUUUGGAAGAGAAGGAAGAGGAACAGCAGCAGGCCUUAACAACAGUGGCUUAUGCCCGUUACAGGAGGGUGUUGAUGAGACAAGUAUUUGACACAUGGGUGCUGAACACCUGCAAGCAGCAAGAAUUCCGAAUGGCAGAGAAGAGGGCUGCACUUCAUUUUGAAAGGCAGCUAUUGCGUUGUUUCUGGUGCUUCUGGUGGAGAAGAACAGCUGCAUGUUUGGAGGAGCAAGAGAACUUGGUUCGUGCACAAGGUCACUACAGCAACCUGCUGCUUCUAAAGGCUUUCUGUCUUUGGAAGCAAAAUACUCAGGAGAGAAAAACAGAGAGGCUCAAGGAGAUGCAAGCCUUAAGAUUUCACUAUUCAAAGUGUCUGCAGCAGGCUUGGAACAAGUGGAAGGAGUACGUGGAACAUCAGCGUGAGAAAUGGAGGAAGUUGGUGCAAGCAGACAUGCACUAUCAGCACAUGUUACUCAGCAAGACCUUGGCAGCCUGGAAGACUUACCAGCAUAAUGUACAGUGCAUUCUAUCCCAAGUAGCUGAGAAGGAGAACCAGCACACCAGACUGCUGCUCCGGCAGGUUCUGUGUACAUGGAGAGAAAAUGCUCUUGCUCUUGUAUGUGAAGCUAAGGCAGCUAUUCAGGCAGAUGAGCACUACAGGAGAGCAAUCCUGUCAAAGGUGUUGCUGCAGUGGAGGUACGCUGCCCUGCUCCAAGUGUGUAGCCGUCAGCAGAAGAUGAUGGCUGUGAUGCAGGCCAGAAAACAUUUGGAUAUAGUGCAUUUACAGACCAUGUUUCUUCACUGGAAGGAAUUAACUAGGGAGUCUCUGAUGCUGAGGGCUCAGCAGCACAGGGCAGCACAGCACCACCAGCAGCACCUACUCCAGAAGUACCUGGUGAAAUGGAAGAAGUAUCAUCAGCAGUGCCUUAGGAAAAUGCUACUACAGAGACUGGGAGAUCAGCUAAUGACUCAUAGACUUUGCUCUACUUCCUUCUCUUGCUGGAAGACACGGCUGUUGGAGCAGCGAUGGGAAAAGCAGAAGAUGGUGCAAGCAUUGUGGCACUGGUCCCUUUCAUUGCAGAGAAAGGUAUUUGCUGCUUGGCUCAGAUUUACCAAGGGGCAACAGCAGAAGAAAGAUUGCAUAAAAAAAGCCACAGGAAUUCACCACACUACUCGACUGAGAGAAUGUAUAACCCGAGGCUUGAGAUACACCACUGCCAUGAAACAGUUGCAAGGACAGCUCCAAGCCCAGCACCAGCUGAAGGCAGCCUACAACCUUCACCAGUCAGUGUAUCGCUGUGCCAUGCUGUGGAAACAGAAGGCUCUCUCCAAGAAAUUAAAUAAGCCUUGUUCUUUUCUGCCACCUCUGAAGAAGCAAGUGGCAUUUAAAAUGCCUGAUGUUAGUCCUGGGAUAAGAGGACAUUCAGCAGAGGAAGAGCCAUGGCCUUCAAAAUACAGUCGCCUACCAUUUCACCUUGCUGAUGGGGACCCAGUUCUCAGUGAUCUAAAUACCAUUCAACGAGCAAGGUUACCACCACAGAGGCCUGGCUUCCUUCUGGGAUCUCCUUUUUCUAGACCAGAGGCACCCUUUCAGCAAACACCUGUGAACAGGUGUCCUGGGCAGACUGGGACCUUAAUGCAAACACCUGAAGUGGAAGAAAGUACCAGUAAAUGUCUGUCUCAGGUGGGCAAUACCACUCGAUCCUACCCAUCUCUUGUACAUGCUGUACCACUGUGGACACAUGAUGUGCACUGUGCUACUCAGAGGCCAGAGCUAAGGUCUCCUUCCUCUUUCAUGCCUCAAAUGAAAGCUGGAGCAGAAAUGAGAGGAGGUUGGCCUGUGGGUGGUCACAAAAGAGCCCAUUCCCAAGACUCUCAACAGGACUCUAUGGAGAAGUUACAACCAAACUUGGAGCCACGUUUGCUGUCACCUGAAAACUUGGUGGGAAAACGGAGUCACCAGGCUGCAGUCUUUGGAGCUUGUAAUGCUGUCAGGACUCCUUCCCUCUCACUGUACCUGAUCUUUUGGGCAAAUAGGUACAUGUCACAGCGUGACAAAACAUGUGGAAAGGACUCCAGGAGGGUUCCAUGUUUCCUGUCUACUAACCUGACUUUCGUUAAUAAGAAGAAACGGUGGAAGUCUGCUCUACUUCCAUUGCUUGUGCCUUUUAUCUUCCAUUCAGCUGAAGGGGAAGAAAGGGAGCACAGUUCCAGGGAAGAAAUGGUGUUACAGAGGAAGCUGGAAGUUGAACUCCGACACAUCCAACAGCAGAUGCAGUACUACUUCAGCAGGAAGCAAGAACUCAAGUCCUGUCAGCAGCAGGCAGAGAUUCUACAGAAGUGGCUAGAAAACAGCACACAACCAGAGGACCAAGAUGGUGUACAAGAUGUUCAGGGAGAACUGAAUCAGUUGCAGGUGAGGAUCAACACUCUCACCAAAGCACAACAAAAAGAGAGAGACCAUGUGCAGAGCCUGGUUGCCCGCCUGCGUGAAAUCCAGAUUGCUCUCAAUACAUAAUGCAUCUGAACCAAUAUUCCAGCUCAUGGGUAGGACUUUUUGCUCUUUUCAUAGCAGGGGAGGAUGGAGAUGUAUACGUUCUCUUAGCCUAUGUAUGGCAAUUUUAUUUUAUAAAUUAAAUAGUUUUGCUUGCUUUGUUUUGUUACUACAAGUGGUUAAAAAGCACACAGGAGCUAUAUACACCUCAUGCUGCACCCACAAUACCUAGUUUAGGUUACCCUGACAUUUCACAAAGAUAAGCAACACUGAUAAGACUCUUUAUUUCAAAAUCUUUGCAAUUAAGUGAGUUCAUGUCAGUAAGUCAUACACUUUGACAUACAAAAAUAGCAUGCUACUGAUACAGUUGAAUUAAAUGGAUUCUCCAUGCAGGAGAAAUUCACAGCAUUAUCAGUACCCUCUAGGAACUUUGCUUUUUCACUUGCUGACCACUGCAUAACAAAUGUUGGUUGUUAAUCAGCUAGCUCUGCACAGUAUUAAGACUGUCAUAAAACCAGCCACUUGCAUGCUGAAUCUUCUCCUCCUUAGGUUUCUAAUAAAGCACACAUCAGGUAACCCAUGCUCCAUUACUAGGCUAACAGUAACCUUCAGAUACUGUGGAUGGUGAUACUGAGUAUGGAGAAAUUAAAGCUCAAAGUUGCUUUGGCUGUGCCUGGGUGGCAUAGGCUCCAGUGGAAAAGGGGGAAAAGAUUCAGUGGUCUUUCCUGUCAUCCACUGGAACGAAUCUGCAUUCUACUGUUAACAUGACAUUUAGUUAAAAGGCUAAUCACAGCUUUAGCCUCUGGGGUUGAUGUUUGCCUUAGUCUUUUCUAAAUAGCAAUGGUUUAAAAAGUGCACAUUUCUAUAACCUGUAUAUGGUAAUAUACUGCUGCAGGAGUAAACUUGCUAAUGCCAAGAAACUGAAGAUAGGUGGCUGACAGCCACUUCAAGCUUUCAGACUCCUCCUCAUGUAAAGUGAGGAAACAUUGACUCCUGGAGCCAAAUGAAUUUUCUCCUGCUUGUCACCCAAACAGCCACCACAAUUGAAGUCAUGGCUGGGCUCUAUCACUUAGAGGCAGUUUAUCAUCCCAUCUUUCCUGAUGACAAGCUAAGCAUACAGGACUUGGCAAACUGGACCUUUGUACAACAAAAUUAUAUUCUAUUUUGUGCAGUGCAUACAAAGAAAAGUUUUUCUUUAGAAAAUCAGAGCUAGUUAAAGCCUACCAUCUCCUUAAAGUAGCAGAAAAUUAGCUCAAGCAAGAAAGUAGUAUGAGAAAUUCUUGAGAAAGCAGAAAGGCAUGUCCACUCCAACCAGCUCUGGACAGCAAAGUCAGUUUUAAAUGUUUGAGUGCCUGGGCUUGAACAAGUUUAUUCUCUAAAAACAAUUAAUACAUUUAAAACUCAAUUCCUCUUGUUCACUUUGACACCAGUUUCUAUCAGUGCCACAAUCAACAGCUCCAAAGUGGUAGAUUUCAAACUCUUCUUGACAUGUUGUUACAAGAAAGCGCUGAAGUUUUGCUGUAGGAUGAAGCUUCAGCAUCAAGCUUUGUCCCCAGCACAUUCCUGGCAUGAGGACAAAAGUCAGACUCAUCUUUGGAAUAAGAGGAAAUUGUUGCCAGUCCAUUAUAGGAUGGCCAGGUUGGCACCCGGGAAGCAACUUGGGAUUGCUUCAAAGAUUCAUAAUAUCUUUAUACACAGUCAGUGCAUAGGGUACUUCACUUGGUGCAAUAAAAAUUGGUCCUGAAGUAUCUGAAACUGUUCACUAAAUAGAGAAAUUAAUUCUUCAAGAAUUUAGUGACAAAGCAACAAUGAAGAUACAUAGCAGGAAGUAAAAACAUUUUGGCUGCUAUCUUCCUGCUCCACGCAAGAAAAAUAUUCCCUGUCUUCUAACACCUUAAUCCAUACUGCUUCUCAUACAAACAAAAUCUUUAAGGCCUGAAACA